UCAUUUUCAGGCUCUUGAGAUACUUCUAGCCAACCCUUUACAAGUAUCUUGUUUUUAUUUCUCUGAGUGAUAAACCAAGCAAGUAUGGAAUCAUAGCUCCCCCUCGAUACAACCCUAAUGAAAGACGAUAUCACGUCAAUAUUGAUAGACAAGCAUUACAAUCGAGUUUGGAUUCUAGUCACGUACGGAACGAGACUCAGUGUGUUGCUGAAGAAGACAUGAACACGAGUUUCAUCAUUGUUGUCUUGGCUGCAGCGGUAAUUUCAAACAUUCGUGGAGUUUUAUCUCCGUCACCUAGUUUACCCAAGGAAAAAAUUCAGCUACAAUGCCUUCACAACUUCAUCUUUUUGAAAAUCGACUUAGACGACAUUCCUAACAUCAAGCCGUCUUCUCUACGUUUACGGCAGUUAUCAUGCGAGCCAUAUUAUGUUGCAAACAGUAGCGCUUUCUUUAGAGUACCUUUUCGAGGCUGCGGGACAACUCGCGGAACCCAGGGCAACUAUAUUUCUUUUUCAAAUACUGUGGAAAAUUCUGCGAGGUCAUUAAAUGAAUCACACGUGGUAGUAUCGAAUGGGCUCAAAUUACACGUUCCUUUCACGUGUUACUACCGUUCAAAGUACACCAUAACUGUACAGGAGACAGAGGGGGCUGAAACGAGAAAUCACAGUGCACGGAAACAAAAGAGUGAAGGUCAUGCAACGAGGUCAAGUCCAGUCCCUGUAGAAUCUUCGUCUGAUGAAAAAGUAAUGCCCCUCACUUAUAGCGUUGUGUCUGUUGUGUUCCUGUUGUUAUCACCUAUCUUCAACUGACAUUUGCUUCAUCUGCCACAGUCUGGCUGCAGGACUCCAGCUAGAUUUGAUUUUAAGGGAGGGGGUCGGAGAAAAGAAACCUCACUGCAAAAGACAGUUUUCUACAUGAUUAACUGAUGAUGACUUAGAGCCCACGUCUCUCUGCUUUAAUCGAGAAAAAAAUCAAAACAAAACAAAAAGGGGAGGGGAACGCGCUUAUUUUUUCCUUUCCCAAAGCUCCUCGCGCCUAGCGCAUGUCACCAGUUUCUCGUACUUAGUUCUCGUUCUUCAGGCUCUACAGGAAAGUUUUUUUAGGGGCCCAUCUUCACCUUAAAAACUGCGUUUAUAUCCUUUAAAAUGGACGAGCUCUGUUCUGGCUCGUGUGAGUUUACUAUGCUUUCCAGACGUACUUCAGGCGACUAAGAACCUAUCACACAUGCAAAGGUGACUGCGGAACGCUAUCAAAGCGUCCAAAAAUUCUUUCCCUACACAAAACGUUAUUUGCCCGAAAACUUGCUUUAGACUCAGCAUCUACACCCCUACUCUAAACUCAAGUAGUCGCGUUAACUUAACAGAUUCAAAUAAAGGUCUCCGGGCGUGGUUAGCUAAUAAAUCAGACCACGCGCAUGGCACGUGAAUUCAAAUAACAUAUAAAGAGGGGAGGAGAAGCAAACAGGGAAUCAAAGUGGCACAAGUGAUCGAGGUGCUC